UUCACUUUGUGAUUAUAAUUCUUCAUUUGAUCUCUCUUGCUUUGCUUCUCUCUUUUCAGUUCAGAUCAAGGGUUUUCUGGUCCUAGCAAUGGCGGAGAAGGUGACGACAAUGGUACUGAAGGUCGACCUGCAGUGCUGUCGCUGCAACAAGAAGGUCAAGAAAGUACUCUGUAAAUUCCCUCAAAUACGAGACCAGAUAUACGACGAGAAGGCCAACACGGUGACAAUCACGGUGGUAUGCUGCUCUCCGGAGAAGAUCAGGGACAAGAUAUGCUGCAAGGGUGGCGGAUCCAUCAAGAGUAUUGAGAUCAAACCACCUCCACCACCUCCAAAACCCAAGGAGCCUGAGAAGAAACCUGAAAAGGCUAAUGAACAGGAGAAGAAAAAACCUGAACCUGAAAAGCCCAAGGAGCCUGAGAAGAAACCUGAAAAGCCUAAAGAACCUGAAAAGAAACCUGAGAAGCCUAAAGAGCCCGAAAAGAAGCCGGAGAAACCAAAAGAACAGGAAAAAUCACCUCCAAUGGCCUAUCCGCCAAUUGGAUUUUGUUGCACGGAUUGUUAUCAUGGACAUGGUGGGGGCCCUUGCCACUUUGGUGGACCAACCCCACGGCCAUGUUAUGUGACCUAUGGUAGGCCGGUUUAUGAUAGCUGGGGCUGCCGCGGCGCCGGCUACAAUUACUGUUUUACCGAAGAAAACCCACAAGGUUGCUCAACCAUGUAACGUGAUACAUGUUAAUGAGCGCAUCGUCAAUUCAUGACAUCACUGAUAAUCAUCUUCUAGUUG